CAGUUGACAUGUUGACAUCACUGAACUCCAAUUCACUAACCUAACUUGCUAUCGUUUUUUUUUAAGUUGAAUUAACAAAAGUAUUUAAUUUAUGUUAAUUACUAUUAAGUUAACCGUCAUAAAGGGAUGAUAUUUUUUAUUGUAGUUAUUACUUGAAGAUACUAUAACUGGGUUUAUUGCUAAGUGUUAUAUUUUUGCCGCAUUGAUUGUAGUUAAAUUAGGUAAACCAUGGGUAUUUUGGAGAAAAUUUCGGAAAUUGAGAAAGAAAUAGCUAGAACUCAGAAAAAUAAAGCAACGGAAUACCACUUGGGUUUAUUAAAAGCAAAACUAGCGAAAUAUAGAUCCCAAUUGCUGGAACCUUCUAAGAAAGGAGGCGAGAAAGGGGAAGGAUUUGAUGUAUUGAAGUCUGGUGAUGCUAGAGUCGCUUUAAUAGGAUUCCCUUCAGUUGGUAAGUCCACCCUGCUAUCAACUCUGACACACACUCACUCUGAGGCUGCCAGCUACGAGUUCACAACUCUCACAUGCAUCCCCGGAGUAAUUGAAUAUCGUGGAGCAAAUAUACAACUGUUGGACUUACCUGGUAUCAUUGAAGGGGCUGCUCAGGGCAAAGGAAGGGGACGGCAAGUAAUAGCAGUAGCUCGUACUGCGGAUCUGGUGCUGAUGAUGUUGGACGCCACCAAGCCGUAUGUACAUCGUGCCCUGCUUGAGAAGGAACUGGAGAGUGUCGGCAUCAGACUCAAUAAGAACAAGCCCAAUAUAUAUUUUAAGGUCAAGAAAGGCGGCGGUCUAUCUUUUAACUCAACAUGUCAACUCACCAAAGUUGAUGAGAAGAUGGUCCAAAUGAUCCUUCACGAAUAUAAAAUAUUUAAUGCCGAGGUGCUGUUCCGUGAAGACUGUUCCGCUGAUGAGCUGAUAGACGUCAUUCUUGGCAACCGUGUGUAUCUUCCGUGUCUGUACGCUUACAAUAAGAUCGAUCAGAUAUCAAUACAGGAGGUGGAUCGCAUCGCUAGACAAUCACACACGGUCGUCGUGAGUUGUAACAUGAAAUUAAAUUUGGACUUCCUGUUAGAAACACUGUGGGAAUAUCUGUCGUUGAUCCGAGUUUACACCAAGAAACCUGGUCAACCGCCAGACUUUGAUGACGGACUGAUAUUAAGAAAGGGCGUAACAAUCGAGCAUGUGUGUCACUCGAUCCAUCGUUCCCUGGCGGCACAGUUGAAGUAUGCGCUAGUGUGGGGAACCAGUACUAAGUACUCACCACAGCGGGUCGGCAUCGCCCACACAGUCCACGACCAGGACGUUGUACAGCUCAUUAAGAAAUAACACCAAUCGAUCACCACCUGCCACCGACCAGUUCUCGACCAGACCAAACUACAUCUUUAUAACUCACCACAAAUCGCCGGACCUAUUUUCCUAUUUGACAUUAAUUUGUACAUCUUCUGUUACUCCAAAUGCACUUUUGUUUGACGUCCAUAACACAACAUUGUUCUAAUAAAUAUUUCCAACAAAACUAAUAAAAUAUUCAAAGCCACGUGUUUUAAUUAUGAAUAUAGAAUUCUAAUUCGGUUGUUGUAAAAUAUAUUUUUUAAUAUACAUUUGAUUUUUAUGUAAACUCUAUGUAACAUGCACCACAGAAACAAUAUUAUCAAAAUAUAAUUACACACAUUUUUAGUUAAUAUCUACCGAGUGUGUUCUAAAUAUAUCGAAUGAUGUAAAACAAGUGAUUUAUUCAAAAUAAAAUGUUUUAUGUACUUUAGAAAUUUUUCCUUAAUGAUGUUGCUAAGUUACAAGCAUUUUAUUCACAAAAUUCGGUAUCCAGAUAUUUCUUCAUGUUUAUAUUUAAGGAAACAUUCAAUGUCUUAAUUUUUUUUAAUUUAAGUAACUGGUUGAUCAAGAGGCCGUAUAUAUGAAGUAGUUUAUGUAUGCAGUAUAACCAAUGGGAAUAUUUUGAAAUCAAAUUGCAUGUAUAUAAAUAAAUUAGUUAAGGCCUAUUAAAGGAUUGUUUUGCUCCAGUGUGAAACGAUCCUUAUAAUGUCAGGGUCCAAGAAAUGUAUAAGCAUAUACAGUACAAAGUGUGUAUUCAUUCAGGUUUACAAUAAUAUUUUUAGUUUAAAUUAUGUAUUGGGUUUUAUUAAAAGAAACAUUGGGAGCUUAUCUUUCAUUAUAGUUCAUGUACAUAUUAAAAAUAAACAAUUUAAAUAAUAACCUUCACAUUCUAUCUUCAUAUAAAAAAUGUCCCGAAACACCAAAACAAAGCAAUAUAAUGUACAUUAUUAGCUUCUGAUGACCCUUGAAUUCACAUGUAUAUUGGACUGUGUGCUACAGAAAUUGUUGCUGAAUUAAACUUGCAUAAAGUUAUUUAUAAAAUUUUUA